AUGUCCAUCGAACGGAAGGAAGCUACCCUUCCCCAAGGGUCAUCACCUGCACAAGUCCACCGGAGGGCAGCGCGACCGGUCGAUAGUGCCGCCUCAGCCCGCCUGUCUGCAGCCGUUGCUGGACCUAAGGGCGCCGAGCUGCAGAGCGUGCCACGGCCCAAAUCCGAUCGACGUCAACCUGUACCCAUGCCGCACGCCUUCGGUGACCCCGGGCUUGGCCACUGA